AUGGCCGCCGCCGCCGCCACAGCAGAUCUCGGCGUCCACCUCGUCGGCAGCAUCUGCGGCGCCGACUCCGCGCCCACCUCCUUCCGCAAAUGCGCCGCCGCCUUCCCCCGCCGGCUGCGGCGGCUGCCCGACGGCGAGCCCGCGCACCGGCAGGGCUUCAUCGCCUUCCAGCGCGACGUCAUCUCCACCUACGCGCCGCACGUCCUGCGCAGCGACUGGGCCGACCUCUCGCCCGGCCCGGCCAUCCCGCCCGCGGAGAUCGAACGCACGCUCGCGCUGCUCCCCGCCGCCGGCAUCGACACGGGCUACGACGCCGCGGCGCUGGAGUCGUACGCCGCCUUCGCCGCGCUGAAGGCCGAGGGCGUCGUUCCCAAGCCGACGCGCUUCCAGGUGUGCGUGCCGCCGGCGAGCGGCGUCAUGCCGCUGCUGGCCGACGGCUACAAGGCCGCGCUCGAGCCGGUGUGGGAGAGUGCGUUGUUGCGCGCGCUCGAAAAUGUGCAGCGGGGGAUACCGGCGGCGGAGUUGGCGGUCCAGAUCGACGUCGCGAGCGAGGUGGCGACGCUCGAGGGCGCGCACUAUCCGCACGCUGCGCCGUACUACCCGGAGCCGCUGCUGGACUACAUCGUGCAGCGGAUCGUGACGCUGGUGGAUGCGGUGCGGCCGGACGUCCAGGUUGGGCUGCAUAUUUGCUAUGGCGAUAUCGGGCACGAGCACUUCGUGCAGCCGAAGGAUACGGGGUUGAUUGUGGAGCUGGCGACGGCGGUUUUUAGGGCGGCGAAGAGGCCGGUUACGUGGGUGCAUUUGCCGGUGCCGAAGGAUAGGGAUGAUGAGGCGUAUUUUGCGCCGUUGAAUGGUUUGGACUUGGGGGCCACGGAGCUUUAUCUUGGACUGGUACAUCCGAAUGAUGAGGAGGGCACGCAAAGAAGGUUGAAGACUGCUGCCCGGGUACUUGGUCACAGUAAGUUUGGCGUUGGUUCGGAGUGCGGCUUGGGAAGAACUCCGAUCGAAGAGUUUGAUUCUAUCGCAAGGACAAGCACUCAGCUGUCUUCUCCAGUGGUGUAG